AUGGCUCCGAACGAUAAACAAAACGGAAAUAUCUUCGAUACUGCUAUCGACACUGCCAAGGCAGGAAUUGAGAAUGUGCGCGAGAAGGUCAACGAAGCCACUAAGUCUGAGGAAGAGAAGGAGGCAGAGAACAAAACCACCACUGAAUGGAUUGGUGACAAGAUUACAGGCGUCCACGAGGCCACAAAGACGGAGGAACAGAAGGAAGCAGAGAAGAGCAUCCCUGAAAAGAUUGGAGAAAAAAAUUCAGACGUACGAGAGAAAGUGAAAGAAGCCACCAAGUCUGAGGAACAGAAGGAAGCCGAGAAGAGCACCAGUGAAAAGAUUGGUGACGCUCUACCCGAAUCGGCGACGGAAGCCGGAUCAAAACUUGGCGGCAUGAUAGAUUCAGGCGUGCAAAAGGUUAGGGAAUCCAUCAGUCCCAGCGAUGAUAGUGAAAAGAAGUAA